AAAUUAAAUUAAAUAGUGCGACAUGUCGUUGUUAAACAUGACACGACUCAAAAAAGUUGCAGAAUUUUUUGGCCUUGUACAGAAACAGGUAAUCGUACUUGAUAAUCAGCCUGACUGGAGCCAGCUGCCGUACGACAUUUUGCUGCACGUCUUCCGUUACCUGAGCAACAGCGACAAGUACCACGCCGCCCUCACCUGCAAGUCUUGGCUCCGUCCACUUUCAGUGCCGUCCUUAUGGCAGUCCGGAGAUUUUAAUUUUAACUCCAAGAAUGAUGAGAAGGCCAUCAGGUUUGUAAAAAUCAGCGGGAAAACAUUACGUCACAUCAACGUAGAAUGUAGAGCGAACGAUUACAGUGUUUUGGGAUAUGAACGCAGCGCAUCCUGUACAGAGUUGUUGUACCAAUUCCUAGCGAACUUAGUGAACUCACGCAACCGCCAGAUUUUGACCUUCAAGCUUACCAAUCUGUGCAGUUUGAAAAUAAAUGGCAUAAGGGAACAGUCAAGGUCAUUUUCAGAGGUCUCUCAUCUCUUGGGCCAAGUUUUGUACGACCAGCAGCAGCUUCGUUUACUUGACCUCAGCAACAGCCAAAAGUCUGUCAAACACCGUGGCAAUGCUUGUUUUACCGUAGAUGAAGGUAUGAGACUGUUGAAUGCUGCUAGUAAAAACUGCGCCAACACGCUUCAGAAACUUACGAUCGCCAGGUUCGUUAGCUUGAAAGACUUGAGCUUUCUUCCACAACUUCGAAGCGCCAUCGCAGGUUUCAGCAAGUUGUCAGACCUGGACCUAAGCUACGGUUAUUUGGAAGAUGACCUUCUGCUCAGCUUAGCCAAUACAACAACUAGCCUGAAGGUGAUCACAGUUCGUGUAGACAAGCCCCCAAAUUUCGAGAGUAGCACCACCCCUGAAGCGUGGGAGAACCUUACAGCGGCAUGUCCUGAGCUCCGAGUCAUAUUUUUCAUCAAACCCACAACUGAGUCGUACUUCCAAGACACGACAUUGAUGCUAACACCGUCCAUGCCACUCUAUCAAGUCAAGUGGAAAUCAAGCAGUGUCAUCGCUAUAGAGAACUUAGAGGAGUUCUUUCAACAUUUGGGACAGAAAUUUCAGGAAACUUUACACCAUCUUUAUCUACAAACUGAUGUUCGUUUAGAUAUGGAAUGCAUUGAUGCGAUGUUCAAAGGUUUACAGCCGUGCACAAAUCUGGACACCUUGUCACUAGGUUUGACCUGUGAAAUGAGUGAUGACGAGGAGAUGUACACGAGAGUCAUCAGAGAUGUCAUGACGCGAUGUCCGCUCUCAUGUGACGUCACACUGAACUGUCAAGCAGUCAAAUAAAACUUGUCAGUCUGACACGGUGAGUGGGGUCAGGAGAGUUCACCAUGUUGGACCAGUUCACGAAUGU